AGUAAUGACAGAAGGGGUGUCACGUUCGGUUUCGAACGGGCAUAUGUGCAUCCUGACCUGGUGAUGAUCCGCGAAAAGGCCCCAUCCAGGAACGAACCACGGUGGGCUACAUACAAUCAACGAAAGUGUCCAUACGGAAGAAAGCAAACAAGCUGCCAUUUUACGAGACCUGAAUGA